CUUUUUUAGAAAGAAAAAGAAAAAGUCAAAGUCGUCUUAUAGUUAGUUAAGAAGUGCUUGUAGUUUUUCUUACCACGGAACGGCAGCACGUGCACGUUUCAAAAACCGCUCGACUGAUUUGCCUUUUUUUAAGAAAGUUCGGAUUCUCACAGUCGCAGGGGAGCAGAUCCAGAUGAUGAUGAUGUCGAGAUGCUUCUUAUGGCUGGUAUUGCUAAAUCAUGUGGGUGGAGCCAUUUUAGAGUCACAAGCACCCCACCGAGAACUUCAAGCUUACCGAGAUUGUCCUGGAUGUACUACUACUACUACUAGUGCUUCCUCUGUUUCUGCACUUCACUACGAUCCAGAUCUCAAAGAUGUGAACAUAGUUGCCACCUACAGUGACCAUCACGGUAACAUACGCCUUGGUAGUGUCAAAAUGGGACAUCUUUCAUCUUCUUGGCUUUUCGACAAUCCUCUUCGCCCCAACACCAAUCCUUCUUCUCAGCUAGUGAUACCGCAGGAUUCAUUUCAAAAUGAUUCUACUAGAAUGGAAGAGAAUGCUGCAACUUAUUCUACAACUAAUCAGUCUGGUGAAACCGAUAACCAUUUUCCACACAUGGAGUUUACAAGCCCUGCUAAACUCAAGCGUCAGAGUUUACGUCAGGAAAGGAGAGCUCAACGGACUCUCGACCUGAUCCAACAUGAUAAGGAAUCUGAUCACCAGAUGCAAGAAGCUGCCAUUCACAAGUCUAUCACCUUUGAAAACUCUGUCGUUGGCAAAUACAGUAUUUGGAGGAGAGACUAUGAGAGCCCCAACGCUGAUGCUAUCUUGAAGCUUAUGAGAGACCAGAUCAUUAUGGCUAAAGCAUAUUCCCAUAUCGCCAAAUCCAAAAACGCUACCAAUCUCUACCUUUUCUUGAUGCAGCAGAGUAGAGAAAAUCAACGUGUUCUGGGUAAAGCAACAUCUGAUGCUGACCUUCCUUCCAGAGCCCUUGAACAAGCAAAAGCCAUGGGCCAUGCUCUCUCUCUGGCAAAAGACGAGUUAUAUGACUGCCAUGAACUUGCUAAGAAGUUUCGGGCCAUGCUUCAAUCCACUGAACGCAAUGUAGAUGGACUGAAGAAAAAGGGCACCUUCUUAAUUCAGCUGGCCGCCAAGACAUUUCCCAAGCCAUUGCAUUGCCUCAGUCUCCAGCUUGCGGCUGACUAUUUUCUUCUCGGUUUCAAUGAAGAGGAGGAUGGAGUCAAAAAGGAUGCCAAGUUUGAAGAUCCUUCUCUCUAUCACUAUGCCAUCUUUUCGGAUAACGUCCUCGCAACAUCAGUCGUAGUCAACUCCACUGUCCUGAAUGCAAAGGAACCGGAGAAGCAUGUGUUCCAUAUAGUAACAGACAAAUUGAACUUUGCUGCAAUGAAGAUGUGGUUUCGCGUCAAUGCUCCUACUGAUGCCACGAUUCAAGUUGAGAACAUCAAUGAUUUUAAGUGGCUCAACUCCUCGUACUGCUCUGUUCUACGGCAGCUUGAAUCCGCAAGGCUCAAAGAAUACUAUUUCAAAGCAAAUCAUCCUUCCUCUAUCUCUGCUGGCGCAGACAAUCUCAAGUAUCGAAACCCAAAGUAUCUAUCGAUGCUGAAUCAUCUGAGAUUCUACCUUCCUGAGGUGUAUCCGAAGCUGGACAAGAUCCUGUUUCUUGACGAUGACAUUGUGGUGCAAAAGGACCUGGCACCUCUAUGGGAAGUAGACAUGCAAGGAAAAGUGAAUGGAGCUGUAGAGACGUGCAAGGAGAGCUUCCACAGAUUUGACAAGUACCUCAACUUCUCUAAUCCAAAGAUCUCAGAGAAUUUCGAUGCGGGGGCUUGCGGUUGGGCAUUUGGCAUGAAUAUGUUCGAC